AUGGUCAGAAAAUUGAGAUGCCUCCUCCUCAUAAACCACUGUGCCGGAACUUCCAGCGUGGAUUCUGUAAAUAUGAACAACUCCCAAACUGGAUCUAAACCUAAUCAAUUCAAGCCUGGUGAAAAUAAAUGGAGCCGAUUUUCCCCAAUAAACGCCCCUAAUUCUUCAGCCCCACAAAAACAAAAUAAUCAGGCUUCUGCACCUAAUCAUGUGUGCACAGAUUCUGAGUCUUGCAAGCGUCAAAUUAGUGAAGAUUAUGAGCAUGAGACACCACUUUGGAAGCUUACAUGUUAUGGUCAUUGCAAAUAUGGGCCUUGUGAUAUUAUUGGUGAUAUUAGCUGUGAAGAAUUACGAGCUGCUGCAUAUGAUGAUGCUAAACGUGGAAUGAACAUUCAAUCAGUUGUUGAGAAAGAGAGGAGUUUAGUUAAUUCCAAGUCGACUGAAUUCCAAAACCUACUUCGUAAUCCUUAUACCCCUCCACAAAAUUCAACUCUUUCUACCCAAAACAUCUUUUCCGGAAAUACCCCUCAAACAAUUCAAAAUAAUACCCCUCCUUUGGUUUCAAGUUUCAGCCAAUUGGGUACAACUAUCAAUUCAGGUUUCCAAAUGAGACCAGCUGCUCCAAAUAAUAUUUUUGGGCAAGUUAGUCAUUUCCAACCUCCUACUCAGAUAUCAAACACACCCCAGAAGAACCCCUUUGCAUUUGGAAAUCCAGGUGCAGUGGUGAGUCCACCUUCUACACAUACAUUUGGCAAUGCAUUAUCCUCUACUGCUACUACUACAUCUUCACCAAAUCUUAAUGUGCCACGUCAGCAAUCAUCUACUAUGCCAUUUGGUUUUGACCAAAACCCUUCUCCUAAUUUACUUCCUGAAUCACUUCCCACUCUUCAAAUUACGCAAAAUAUUCAAAUUUCAAAUAAUAAUGGAGAUAACAGUAUAUGGUUCAAAGAAGAAUGGAGGCCAGGAGAGAUUCCUGAGGAAGCACCUUCGGAAAGAGUCAUUUGUUAGGGUAAUCUAUCAGGUCAUCAUUUUUUUUUUGCCCGAGGACAUUUUUGGAAACCCAAUUUUUAUGAGAUUUUGGGGUUUUGUUAUUGUAUACAAAAAGAAAAGAUGCUACACCAUUGAAAGUACAAAAAUAGAGAACAUACUCUAGUUGGUGUCAUGAGAAUAUUAAGGCCAUAUUUGUUAAGGGGAGACACGAUUGGAGAGCUUAGACAAGCUAUUUUUGAAAAUUAUUGGAGAUUAGGAGGACAUUUAUGCCUUUUGUACAAAGAAGAGAUAUGAAUGAUUAAGUUAUGCAUUACAAAGAAGAGAU